AAGCUCAACUCGUGGCAAAGCACUGAUCGGAUAUCGUGUCAGCGGUCCAAGAACAGAGCCUGACGGUUGAUGGGUGUUUUGUGAACAGCCAGUGAGAAAAAGGAGCCGUCCUAACCAUGGGCUGACUUCCGGCUGUUGUGCCAGCCUGAUGGCUGCAAGUAUUUUGGGGUUGGAGGAAAUCCGGCUAAAUCUGACCAUCAUUGCCUGUCAUAGAAUGGUCUGGUCUUGUCUGCUCUCCAGAUCCGUCUUGCGCAUUCCCCCAUAUUCUACCUCCGCUUUUUCAUUGACAGUGGUGGUCGUGCCCCCUCGCCUUUACCAUGGUUCCCCUCUUUUCUCCCAUCCCCGCAAAAUCCACUGGCUGCUUUCAUACCUUUCACGAUAUCCGGUCUGUCUCAACCUACUACUUGAUGUCAUCAUUCAUCCGUGUCACCCGGCUAGCGCUUGCCAAGCACCGCCGGGCGUAGCCAUUGCCAGGCCGCCCGCCACGAAGCUUGUAUCCAACCGGCGGAUAUAAUCCAAUCCGGCCUCCACGAUGCCGAACCUGAGCCGAUGACAAACCAUGCCUAAUCAUGGCCCCCAUGGCAUCCGACUGGCCCCAC